AUGAAGCACAAGGAAUUGCUUUUAGGCAAUAAAGAGCUGGAUUUGUUAAUUGACUGCGCACAAGCCAUCAAUUUAUCAGGGGAAAGUAUCCCUGCGAUAGAUAAAAUAGUAGAAGUAGUCAGCACACCAGACGACUAUGAAACCAUACAUGCCCUAGCUAAGGGUGGGCACAGUGAAGUGUUUGUUGUCAGAAGCAAAAUAGACGGGAAGGUAUAUGCACUGAAGAAGGUCUUCAAACAAGAUAUUAUCAAUGACCCUCUUGUAAACCCAAUAAUGAAAGAACGAGAUUCCAUGAUAUGCGGAAGAGACUCUGCAUGGCUUCUGGGCCUUCACAAGUCAUUUCAAGACAGAAAUGCCCUGUACUUUCUAACUGACUUUAUCUCAGGCGGAGACUUAGGAAGUCUGGCCUGCCGAGAGGGAGUGCUUUCCGAGGAAAUGAUCAGAUUUUUCAUUGGUGAGCUGUUAAUGGCCCUGGGUGAACUGCAUGGCCUUGGAUUUGUCCACAGAGACAUUAAGCCAGAGAAUGUUUUGAUUGACUCUGAUGGGCACAUAAGGCUUGCUGACUUUGGGAGUGCAACAACACUGUGCGCUGAUGACCAUCAUAUAGUUGUCGGUACGCCUGACUAUGUAGCACCAGAGUUACUGAAUAUGUGCGGUGGACUCAGUGAAAAAACAGACUUGUGGUCAGUUGGUGUUGUCAUAUACGAGCUGGCACACGGGAUAACUCCUUUCUAUGAUGACACAAUCCGUGGUACAUACGAUAAUAUAAUGAACAUAAAAUACUCCCUAGAGAAGACAGGCUCAGAUGAACUCCGUGAUCUAAUCAGUAAGCUACUGUGCGAGAAGGAAAAAAGACUUUCUUUAGGUGAGAUAAUGGCGCAUGGAUUCUUUAAAGGAUUUGACUUCUCUGGGAAGCAUGCGAAUACGGCGACGUACAUUCCAACUAUUCUGUCAAAAGAGUCUGUUGAGAAUUUUGAGGUCGAUGACUUCAUGCCUGCACAAAGCACACUCCUGAACACUGCAGAAAACAUUCGAAAAUUCAUUGGAUUCGGAUACGACCCAGAUAUCCAGGUGGAAAUCAGAAGGGAAAGAAAGAAGGAAGAGAUAUCCCCCAUAUCCCCAAUAUCCCCCAUAUCCCCCAAAGACGCAAAAGAGAAUUCCAUCGAGGUAAGUGAAGACUGCACUGCAGAGUACACGCCUUCCAAUAUUUCCAGUGUAUCAAGUACAUCCAAUACUUCCAAUGUAUCCAAUAUACCCAGUGUAUCUUUAAGUGCACCUGAAGAGUCUGUAACUGAAGAAUCUGCACCCGUUGAGAAUAUGUGCAGCGUAUGUAAAAAAGUGAAGAAACCUUCUGAGGACGAGACAGAUGAACAAACAGAGGAUCUGAAUGAAGAUGCAGCUCAUGUGCAAAGCGAGGCGCAGGCAGAGAAAGCUGUAAAUGAUAUUCUGCCAAAUAAAAGCACUAAUGAACAACAUAAUGAACAACAUAAUGAAACUGCACAGAUUGAAGAGCCAAUUAUAACAUGCAUUGAGACAUCAAAGAAAGAAUCCUCUGAGAAAGAGCAGGUUUCUGUGGAUGCAGAUGCUUCUCCUGUAUGUAUAGACACUAAGUUUGAAGGAGAUUUAGAAAGAACCUCUAAGGAACAGGAAAUAUCUCCUGUCCACAGUUUAAUGCAAAAGAAGGAUGGAAUAUUUUCUGUCUCUUUGGAGAAGGACUUGGAGAUGCAGACAAUAAAAAAAGAACGAGCUGAUCUGGCUAAGGCAAUAGAUGGACUAGAACUGUCUUUUAAGGCAGAGUAUGAGCAUCUCUUAAGAAUAGAUCUUGAGCCUCUUAUAAGAAAUAUAGGACUAGUAGAGGAAGAGAUAAAGACGUAUGUCCACACAGUGAAGGAGUCCCUGAAGAGAGAGAGUGAAGUAUCCUUCCAAGCCAGGUGGGUGAUAAGGAAACUUCAGACAGAACUGCGAGACACACAGAGCAGGAUCCAGAGAGAGGUUGAAACACGAGCAAAACUCUCUGAGCAAGUGGAAGAGGCAAAGUUAGAGAACAAAGAACUGCGCGAGCACAUAAGAAGACUUAAACUUGCCUCAAAUGUAUACAACUUUCCGAUCAAAAUAUACGUUGACAAGAAAUGGGAAUCUUCAACCCUGCACCUUGAAGAAGACUACCUGCAGAUAAAGGACAUUUGUCUUCCGCUUAACAAGAUAUACUUCCAGGAUAUAAAGAAAAAUGAACUUCUUAGAAUAAACUCCAAGGCAGAGCUACUUUCCUUCAAGCUUCUUCUCCCGUCUGAAGAUGAUGUAUACACAGAGCAGACUGAGUCUUCGUCUGAUCAAGUCCCUACCCCGGGAGAGGACAAGGAGCUACUUCAUGAGCUGGAGAAAGAGAUGAAAAUACUUGAAGGAAUUGAUAGAAUGAUAAAAAGCACAUCUGCUUCGUGCAAGAUGAUCAUUCCCAUGGCACUCAAGCAGAAGGAAGGAACUGAAAAGAAAAUACACGAGCUAAGACAGGCCCUAGCACAAGGACAUUCCUCAGAGCCUGCAACCAUCCGGUACAACAACCAUACCUUCAAAGUCACCACCUUCAAGCAAGGAAUCCAGACAUGGUGCCACAUAUGCAAUAGGCUUCUGUAUGGAGAGACCAAGCAAGGCCUUCUGUGCAAGGGGUGCAAGAUGGUCUGCCAUAAAGAGUGUCACACCUUGAUAAUAUACUCGUGCGAGUUGCAGCAGGCCAUGGAACGAGGAACUUCUAUUAUUCUUAUGGCAAAGCAGCUAGAGGAUAAGGAGAGAAUCAAAGCAAUUGUAGGAAGCGGGCAAAGAUAA